GCCUGUGAUCGACAACAUGAGUCCAUUGUGGAGUUGUUGCUUCAUCGGUCACGGCUGCAAAUAGAAGUUCAGUGUUCACAGAACCAAAAUCAGGGCUUCUUACGGAAGAAAACAUUCAUCAAAAAUCUAAACUACUGCCUUCUUGUGGCUUGUACGUACAAUUACAUUAACACAGUGAAACUGUUACUCAAGUAUGAUGUUGAUAUUAAUCACAGACGUAGUGAGUCCGAUAUAGGGAACAUAUGUAGAGACAGGACUGAGGGCAGUUGUGCAAGUGACAUGGACAAGGACAAGAUGGAGGGUGGUUGUACAAGACAUACGAACAGAGUUCAGAUGGACAGGGAGGCCGAACUUGAGACCCCGUUACAUAGCUGCUGUUAUGAAGGACAUAAUGAAUGUGUUGAGCUUCUCAUACAAGCCGGGGCACUGCUGGAGCCAAGAACUGCUCGUGGGGACACGCCACUGCAUGUGGCUUGCAAACAAGGACAUGCGCGUAUUGUGGAUCUGCUGAUGGCACAUGGGGUCUCGCUAUCGCCUGUGAAUUCUGAUAAUAGUACUCCGCUACACUAUGCCAGUGAAGGAGGAUAUGAAGGCCUUGUGUCGAGACUGUUGGAAGCAGGUGCAGAUGCUGACGUCAGAGACGUUCACGGGAAAUCCCCACUUGAAGUAUGCAGCAGCCGAGGGGUGAAAAACAUCCUCCAUAAAAGGUAUGGAAGAAAAAGAAUUCAGGAAAGUUCACAGGAAGUUGAGGCUACCCCCCUCAAAGUACCACGACACCAAUGAAAGAUCGAGCUAGCUGAGGCUACCCCCCUCAAAGUACCACGACACCAAUGAAGGAUCUGACUGGAUUAUGAGUAACCUAUGAAAAAGAUGAGGCGGUUUCGUCUCUGCUGACACACACACACCUGGUAGAGAGUGAGUUAAAUCUCAACUGGGUUGUUCCUGGAUGCCUGACACUCCUGGUACAUCAU